AUUAAACAGUUUCGUUGUCCGAUAAAUGAAGGUCAUGCGGAUUUAUCUGAGUGCAGGCAUAAACCGGUUGCGUGUGUUAGAUAACACAUUUCAUAUGUUUCUGAAACUUUGAUUGAUACAGCGAGUACGCAAAACAAAAGAUGUUGUCGAAGCUGAGUUAUGUAUCGCGACCAAUAGAUCGGCCAUAUUUGUACACCACGUUUGCUGAGCGUCUUCAUCAACUUGCGGAAGCUCAACCUAAAAAGGAAGCGUUUGUAUUCUACGACUUCCAUGGAUCCCGGUCCUCUUUGACUCGUAGGCAGCUGCUUAACAGUCGGUAGCGGUUGGAAAACGUUUUGUUCAACUUGGGGUUAAGAAAGGCACACCGGUUGCGAUGAGCAUGUACAAUUCCUUCGACAUGUUGCUGCUACAUACCGGAUUGAUGCUAGCAGGCGGUGUUCCUGUUUAUUUGAGUACAACACUGAAAGACGGAAGUGAUUUAAUCGAUAUGUUGAAUGCGAUGGAAGUAGAAAUUCUAUUUAUGGAUGUACUCAGUAAAGAUGCAGUGGCAAUCAUAGAAACACUUUUUGACAAUAGCUGUCUAACGGUCUCUUUAAAACACAUUCUCUACUCGGGAAACAUUAUCGAGGACCAUGCUGGCAAGAUUACUAAAAUGUAUAUCAAAGAGUUUCUUGUGAGUCCUGCUCCAGAGCAUGUUGUGUUCCCAGAUCUUCAACCGGAAGACACAUGGGCCCAUUUUUGCUCCUCUGGUUCAACGGGAAAACCGCAAGCAAUCACGUACACACUUGGAAUACUCAACUGGACUGCCCUGACCAAUGCUGCAUUUGGUAUAAUGGACGAAAGUGUUUGGUUCUACGACAGAACAUUCAGUUGGGUGGUGGGAUAUCCACGGACAAAUUUUACUGAGGAAAGCUUUGUGUUGUCAGGCGAACGUAUUUCUCGUUCAGCGGUGACCGAGUUGCAAAAGAUCGCUCCUACAGCUUCACUCCACUCCUACUAUGGAACCACAGAGACGGGCGGCACUGCUUCGUAUACAAUGACGGAUCCCUCACAGUGGGAAGAUGGCAUUAUUGGUUCGCCGUUCCGGGGUGUUGAGAUGAAACUAGUGGAUGACAAUUGGUGUGUAGUACCAAAAGGUGAAUCCGGCGAAUUGCUUGUCCGCUGUGCAUGGCGGUUUAGAGGGUAUAAGACCAAAGAAUUCGGAGUUGAUGACCUAAACUGGUUUCACACCGGCGACGUAGCCUUUCUUCGAGACAACCAUCAGUUGGUUAUUAACGGCCGUAAAAAGGAACUUAUCUCGAUUGGCACAUCGAAGUUCUUACCUUGGCAAAUUGAAGAAGUCCUUCGGAAAUGCCCUGGAGUCGCAAAUGCUUUUGCUUUCGGUGUGCCCGAUCCAAGACUUAAACAGAUUGUGUGCGCAUGCGUGGUUCCUAAGUCAGGCGUUCAACUGAUGACAGACGACCUUGUUAAAUACUGCGAUGACACGAUUUUAGACGAGGAUCCUGCACUGGUAGUUUGCGGCAAACCCACGUAUCACGUGAUACUAGAAAAAGUGCCCCUGCUAGCCUCAGGCAGAAUAAAUCGGCUGGAGAUUUGUCGGACGGCCAUCGACAAACUCGGUCCUUGAACAGAUGCAUGCUGUUUUUUUUAUAUUAUUGUUGAAGGUAUAUUUGUUAUGUCACUGAUACUGUGCUAUGCAGGGUGUAUCCGAGAGAUAAAACUGUUUUGUGUAGUGUAUUAUUAAUCAACUGUAAAUGCCACUGUAACCGGGAACCGUUUUUAGAAGCUUAUGUAACUGUGAAUUGAUGACGUUGUAUCCGCCCAAAAUGCAAGCUGGUAAUACCACAUACCAAGAUACUAACUAUCGGUAAUUUAAAGCGUUAUUGGGUAGAUUACCAUGUACACCGGUAAUAAGCAAAACAGCAUUUGAAAAAAAAAUAUCGUAUUCAGGACGCAGUGUGUUUUGUAUACCAUUUCAUUUAAGAGACUGCAAAUAAGUGAAGUUGUAUUGUUUUUAAACAGAGAAAAAAAAGAGUACAACACAAUAAAAUUAUUGCACAUUUAUUAAUUUGUUUUAUUUCAAUAUAAUAAUUGACAUACAAACAUAACAUAUAUAUUUCUAAAUUUUCGGACACUUUUUGAAUAUAUUUUUUUCGAAUACGAAAAACAAUUAAGUGUCUGAAUACCUAGAGUCGUUAGGAAUAGGAAUGGUAAUAUACCAUUUUUGAGUCAAUUAUUUAUCUGCUAUUGUUUAUCAUGUGCAUG